AUGGUUGCUGAUCGGAGACCCACUGAUAGGAAUCAAAAUUCCUUUUUCCAUCACAGUGGCGUCACAGUGGCGGCGGCAGGGGAUAUAGCAGAGGCAACCGAGACCGUGGACAUCGAUACUCCUUUUCCGAAUGUUGAGGAUUCAAUCGAGAGGAUAAGAGCGGCGUUUGGGAACGUUCAUGAGUUAUCGGCUUCAUCUUACGACACGGCAUGGGUGGCCAUGGUACCCUCCUUGGAAACUCCAAACAAACCUUAUUUUCCACAAUGCUUAGAUUGGAUCAUCGAACAUCAACACAAAGAUGGGUCAUGGGGUCCAAAUCCAAGCCAUCCUUCUCUUGUCAAAGACAAUCUUUCUUGCACAUUAGCAUGUUUACUCGCCCUCCGAAAAUGGGAUGUCGGAGAAAAUCUAGUCCAAAGGGGCCUUGACUUCAUCGGAUCAAAUCUUUGGGCAGCCACUGAUAAGGAUCAGUUUUCUCCAAUCGGAUUCGACAUUACGUUUCCCAGCAUGAUAAACAAUGCCAAAAAAUUUGACUUGGUACUACCUUUAGGCACUGCCAUGUACCUCAACAAAGAUUUGGAAAUCCAGAGGAAUCUAGCAUACAUUGCCGAAGGAUUUGGGGAAUCGUGUGACUGGAACGAGGUAUUAGCUCAGCAAAGAAUACCCACGUUAUAUCCCUCAACUAUAUACGCUCGGCUUUACAUGAUUGAUACACUUGAAAAGUUGGGAGUAGGUCGAUAUUUCAACCAAGAGAUAGAAAGGGUUCUUGAUGAAAUAUACAGGUGUUGGCAGGAGAAAGAUGAAGAGAUUUUCAAAGAUAUUACGUGUUUGGCCUUGGCAUUUCGACUAUUGAGAAUAAAAGGAUAUGAAGUAACUUCAGAUGAUUUUGAGGCAUAUUCUGACCAAGAAAAUUUCUUUAAUACGGUAAGCCUACAAUUCACCGGAGUGACUACAGUUCUUGAGCUAUUUCAUACCUCACAAUUCAAGCUAUACAAAAACGAAGAUAUUCUAGAUCAAAUACAUGCUUGGACAAGCAUGUUUUUAAAGCAGCAAUUGAUAAAUAAUUCCAUUCCUGACCAGAGGUUACAUGAACAGGUGAAAUUCACUCUGAAGAAUUUUCAUGGCACGCUGAAUCGUCUAGGACAUAGGCGAAACAUUGAUUUAUAUGACGUAAACAAGAUUCAAGUUUUGAAAACAUCAUACAGGUGCCCGAGUAUUGAUAAUGAAGACAUCCUUGUACUUACACAUCAUGAUUUUAACAUGCACCACGCUGUACACCAAAAAGAACUUCUAGACCUUGAAAGAUGGUACAAGGAUAACAGGUUGGACUGUCUAAAGUUCGGAAGGCGUGUAAUGCAAACUGCUUACUUUUUGAUCGCUUCCCUUCUAUCGGGACGUGAAUUAUCUGAGGCUCGUAUAGCAUAUGCGCAAUGCAUAAUUCUCGUAACACUAAUUGAUGAUUUCUUUGAUGAUUAUGGUUCUAAGGAAGAAUUGCUUAACAUCGUGGAAAUGGUUAAGAAGUGGGAGCCAACAGCAAGUUACAGCUGUGAGGAAGUGGAAAUUCUUAUUACUGCACUUUUUAACACUGUAAAUGAGAUGGCAGAAAACGGUGCAAUUAAACAAGGACGAUGCAUCAAACAUGUUCUACUUAAACAGUGGCUUGAUUUGAUAGAGGGUUUUAUGAGAGAAUGGGAAUGGUGGAAUGAGAAGAUAACACCAACUAUGGAUGAAUAUUUGUCUUUUACGCACACUACUAUCGGGUGCAAAGUUUCGAUUCUUACUGCCAUUCAUUUUCUUGGACCAAAAUUCUCCGAGGAUAUGAUAACUAGUGCAGAAUGCACUAGUUUGUGCUGGAAUGUUUCUUUGAUUUGCCGGCUUCUCAAUGAUAUUCAAACUUACAAGAAGGAAAGUGCAGAAAACUCCCCAAAUAUUGUCUCCAUGCAACCUGAAGAAAAGUCCAAGGGUCAAAAGACCUGA